AAAUGAUAGAAGAAAGUCGGCAACAUCCAUUAAAGACAAGAAUCUACACAACAAUGAUUGGAAAAAGAUCAACUUUAAAGAAAUUAAAAUUUUAUAUGGAAGAGAAGAAAAUUUCAAAUUAUAAAAUUUUUACCUUAACUCAAGGAAGAACAUUUAGAUGGGUUUUGGCUUGGACAUUUUUUGAAAAUAUUAAUUUGGAUUUGAAGGAGAAUAAAUUUUAA